AUGAAUGGGCAACUGCAUACGCUAAUACCAAAACGUCCGAGCAAGGAUCAUUUAAAGAUUCUUGGGCGCGUUCUUGACUCUACUGUUUGCACUAUAUGCCAUGACUACAUGCUUGUUCCUGUGAUGACGACCUGCGGGCACAACUACUGCUAUGAAUGUUUGAGUAAUUGGCUAAGCAACAACAGGUCCAGCAUGUCGGAGCUAACGUGUCCACAGUGUCGGAGUGUUCUUACUGCGGAACCAGUGUUGAACGUUGCUUUACAGCAAAUAGUUGAUCUGAUGGUGGACAUUGUUACGGACUCUGGGUCGCAGUCUGGUUCAGAAGGUGUGAAAAGUUCUAUUUCCAUGGAUCUUCGAUCGUUGCUUCAUCAGCGGGAAGAAGCCGUUGCAGAAUACAAGUCUGAUUUGGCUGCGAACACGCUAUUCAAGAGUAUAUUUAAGAACACUGCUGAGGCGAUUAUUGACGAGGAUGACGACGGAAUAGCGCGGUGUAGCAACUGCCAGUGGGAAGUGGAGGGGCCUGUGUGUCCCAACUGUGAUGCCACGAUACGGAACUAUAAUUCUGGCGCGCAGAACUUUGACGAAGUAGAUGAAGACGAGUACUCUGACGGGGAAUUAGAAGAAGUUGAGCGAGACUUGGACACUUAUAGAACGGAAAGUUCACGGAUCGUGCACGAUUUGGAAGCUGAAGAGGGCGAUGAAAGCUUGAGCUCUGAAAUGGAUGAAGCAUGGCCGACUAGAAGACCAAAAGACUUUAUGCAUGGAGAACGCGAGGAAGACGAAGACGAGGAAGACAGAGGCUCGAUCGACUCAUUUAUCGUUGAUGAAGAAGAAGAGGAAGAAGAGGAAGAGGGGAAAACUACUGAUCAUGAACAAGAAGUAAUGCCCAACUCUGAUGAGUCGCACGACAGUGAUUUUUACGAGCACAACGACGAUGGGUACGCUAGUGGAGACUCGCUGGACGAAAGUACAAGCAAUGACGAGCUGGAGCCUCGCCCUGACCACCCCUCCGCCCGUAAAAAACGUUUGAUCGUCUUGGACUCCGAUGAGAGCGACAGCUGA